AUGAACGUGGACGUGGACGUGGACGUGGACGUGGACAUGGACGUGGACAUGGACGUGGACAUGGACGUGGACAUGGACGUGGACAUGGACAUGGACGUGGACGUGGACGUGGAUAUGGACGUGGACGUGGACGUGGACAUGGACGUGGACGUGGACAUGGACGUGGACGUGGACGUGGACAUGGACGUGGACGUGGACGUGGACGUGGACGUGGACAUGGACGUGGACGUGGACGUGGACGUGGACGUGGACGUGGACGUGGACAUGGACGUGGACGUGGACGUGGACGUGGACAUGGACGUGGACGUGGACGUGGACGUGGACGUGGACGUGGACGUGGACGUGGACAUGGACGUGGACGGGGACGUGGACGUGGACGUGGACGUGGACGUGGACGUGGACGUGGACGUGGACGUGGACAUGGACGUGGACGUGGACGUGGAGGACUUGGACGUGGAUAUGGACGUGGACGUGGACGUGGACGUGGACGUGGACAUGGACGUGGACGUGGACAUGGACGUGGACGUGGACGUGGAGGACGUGGACGUGGACGUGGACGUGGACGUGGACGUGGACGUGGACGUGGACGUGGACGUGGACAUGGACGUGGACAUGGACGUGGACGUGGACAUGGACGUGGACGUGGACGUGGACGUGGACAUGGACGUGGACAUGGACGUGGACGUGGACGUGGACGUGGACGUGGACGUGGACGUGGACGUGGACAUGGACGUGGACGUGGACGUGGACAUGGACGUGGUCGUGGACGUGGACGUGGUCGUGGACGUGGACGUGGACAUGGACGUGGACGUGGACGUGGACGUGGACGUGGACGUGGACGUGGACGUGGACAUGGACGUGGACGUGGACGUGGAUGUGCACAGGGACGUGGACGUGGACGCGGACGUGGACGUGGACAUGGACGUGGACGCGGACGUGGACGUGGACGUGGACGUGGACGUGGACGUAGACGUGGACGUGGACAUGGACGUGGACGUGGACAUGGACAUGGACAUGGACGUGGACAAGGACGUGGAUGUGGACAUGGACGUGGACGUGGACGUGGACGUGGACGUGGACAUGGACGUGGACGUGGACGUGGAGGACUUGGACGAGGACGUGGACGCUGACGUGGACGUGGACGUGGACAUGGACGUGGAUGUGGACGUGGACGUGGACGUGGACGUUGACUUGGAUGUGGUCGUGGACGUGGACGUGGACGUGGACUUGGACGUGGACUUGGACGUGGACGUGGACGUGGUCGUGGUCGUAGACGUGGACGUUGACGUGGUGGACGUGGACGUGGACGUUGACGUGGACGUGGUCGUGGACGUGGACAUUGACGUGGUGGACGUGGACGUGGACGUGGACUUGGACGUGGACUUGGACGUGGACGUGGACGUGGACAUGGACGUAGACGUGGACGUUGACGUGGUGGACGUGGACGUGGUCGUGGACGUUGACGUGGUCGUGGACGUGGACGUAGACGUGGUGGACGUGGACGUGGUCGUGGACGUGGACGUGGACGUGGUGGUGGACGUGGACGUGGACGUGGACGUGGACGCGGUCGUGGACGUGGACGUGGUCGUGGACGUGGACGUGGACGCGGUCGUGGACGUGGACGCAGUCGUGGACGUGGACGCGGUCGUGGACGUGGAUGUGGACGUAGACAUGGACGUUGAUGUGGACGUGGACGCGGACGUAGACGUGGACGUGGACCUGGACGUGGUGGACGUGAACGUGGACGUGGACCUGGACUUGGACGUGGACAUGGACGGUCCCUCGUACCUUCCCUUUUCUGGUGCACCUGCGCAGCAGCAGUUCUACCAGCAGCCUUUUUUGGGGCCUUCCUUCCAGCAGCAGCAGUUCCUUCCGGACUCUGUCUCUAUGAGCGCUGUAAACUCUGGUGGUACCGUCUCUGCCUGGAUGGCGUCCCUAAUCUCCGCCACCCUGGAAAGUAGAGCAGGGUCCGUGGCAGCCCCAGCCCCUGCACCUGCUGCACCUGUGGCUGCUGCCCCGCCUCCAGAAGUGUCUGGGAAAAGACCACCAAAGACCUGCCGAAACAGCCUCGAGUGCCUGGCGCUGCAGAAACUCCGAGCCCACCCAUGGUGA